CGAUUGGUCAGAGGGUGUCGGUGACGCUAACGAAGAGAGGGCGGGGCAAAGCUUCUGGCCAGCAGCUGGGGCAGGGCUAGAAGCGACGAGGAGACGGGAAGAAACUGAGCGGGGUCGGCCCCUGUGGUGGGCAAGGGACGCCGGGUGGUCUGCAAGGCUUUCAGAGUCAGCUGCCAAGAUGACACAGUGGAACCAACUGCAGCAGCUGGACACACGGUAUUUGGAGCAGCUCCACCAACUGUACAGCGACAGCUUUCCAAUGGAGUUGCGGCAGUUCCUUGCCCCCUGGAUAGAGAGCCAGGACUGGGCCUAUGCAGCCAGCAAGGAGUCGCAUGCUACAUUGGUGUUCCACAACCUCCUGGGUGAAAUUGACCAGCAGUAUAGCCGUUUCCUACAGGAAUCCAAUGUCCUCUACCAGCACAAUCUGCGUCGGAUUAAGCAAUUCUUGCAGAGCAGGUACCUGGAGAAACCAAUGGAGAUUGCUCGCAUCGUGGCCCGGUGCCUCUGGGAGGAGAAUCGGCUGUUGCAGACUGCAGCUACAGCAGCACAGCAAGGUGGACAGGCCAAUCACCCUACAGCUGCUGUGGUUACAGAGAAACAGCAGAUGCUGGAGCAACAUUUGCAAGAUGUGAGGAAGAGGGUGCAGGACCUGGAGCAAAAGAUGAAAGUGGUAGAAAACCUCCAGGAUGACUUUGACUUCAACUACAAGACCUUGAAGAGUCAAGGCGACAUGCAAGACCUGAAUGGGAACAACCAGUCAGUUACGCGGCAGAAGAUGCAGCAGCUGGAGCAAAUGCUGACAGCACUGGAUCAAAUGCGGAGGGGGAUUGUGAGUGAGUUGGCUGGGCUCUUGUCGGCCAUGGAAUAUGUGCAGAAGACACUGGUAGAUGAAGAGCUGGCUGACUGGAAAAGAAGGCAGCAGAUUGCCUGUAUUGGUGGCCCACCCAACAUCUGCCUUGAUCGCCUGGAAAACUGGAUAACAUCCCUGGCAGAGUCGCAACUUCAGACACGUCAGCAAAUAAAGAAGCUUGAAGAGCUCCAGCAGAAGGUCUCCUACAAGGGCGACCCCAUUGUUCAGCACCGGCCCUUGUUGGAGGAGCGCAUCGUGGAGUUAUUCAGGAACCUUAUGAAGAGCGCAUUUGUGGUGGAGCGUCAGCCCUGCAUGCCAAUGCACCCCGAUCGCCCACUGGUUAUCAAAACAGGGGUACAGUUCACAACGAAAGUGCGGUUACUGGUCAAGUUUCCUGAACUGAACUACCAGCUGAAAAUCAAAGUCUGCAUUGACAAGGAUUCUGGUGAUGUGGCUGCCCUCCGGGGGUCCCGGAAGUUUAACAUCCUGGGCACAAACACGAAGGUGAUGAACAUGGAGGAGUCUAACAAUGGUAGCCUCUCUGCAGAGUUCAAGCACCUGACACUGCGGGAGCAGAGAUGUGGUAAUGGUGGAAGAGCAAACUGUGAUGCCUCUCUCAUUGUUACUGAAGAACUCCAUCUCAUUACCUUUGAGACAGAAGUUUACCACCAAGGCCUCAAGAUUGACCUAGAGACUCACUCGCUUCCUGUCGUGGUGAUCUCCAACAUUUGCCAGAUGCCGAAUGCUUGGGCCUCCAUUUUGUGGUACAACAUGCUGACAAAUAACCCCAAGAACGUAAACUUCUUCACCAAACCACCCAUUGGCACUUGGGACCAGGUGGCCGAGGUGCUCAGCUGGCAGUUCUCCUCAACCACCAAACGAGGGCUCAACAUAGAGCAGCUGACGACGCUUGCAGAGAAACUGCUUGGGCCAGGUGUCAAUUACUCCGGAUGUCAGAUAACAUGGGCAAAGUUCUGCAAGGAGAAUAUGGCAGGCAAAGGCUUCUCUUUCUGGGUCUGGCUGGACAACAUCAUUGACCUGGUGAAGAAGUACAUCUUGGCACUCUGGAAUGAAGGCUAUAUCAUGGGAUUCAUCAGCAAGGAACGGGAGAGGGCCAUCCUGAGCACCAAGCCGCCGGGCACCUUCCUGCUGCGUUUCAGUGAGAGCAGCAAGGAAGGUGGAAUCACCUUCACGUGGGUGGAAAAGGACAUUAGUGGUAAGACACAAAUCCAGUCAGUGGAGCCAUACACCAAGCAGCAGCUCAACAGCAUGUCCUUUGCUGAGAUUAUAAUGGGCUACAAAAUUAUGGAUGCCACCAACAUCCUGGUCUCCCCACUUGUCUAUUUGUACCCUGAUAUUCCCAAGGAAGAGGCCUUUGGAAAAUACUGUCGUCCUGAGAGCCAGGAGCAUCCUGAAGCCACUGACCCAGGUAGUGCUGCUCCAUAUCUGAAAACCAAGUUCAUCUGUGUAACCCCAACAACUUGCAGCAGCACCAUUGAACUGCCCAUGUCUCCCCGCACCCUGGAAUCUCUGAUACAUUUUGGCAAUAAUGGUGAGGGCGCCGAGGGAAACGCCAGUGGCCAGUUUGAGUCCUUACAAGUAUUCGACAUGGAGUUGACCCCUGAGUGUGCAUCCUCACCCAUGUGACCGGCUCCUCCUAGAUGGCUGACCAGUUCUGGCUUCCUGGCAUGCAAUAUUAUCGCCUUGCACUGUCAUGGAGUCCAGCCAACCAGGCUCCACUUCUGCGGGAGACGUUUCACUGUGGGUCCUCUCUAGCAACUUUGACUACAUCUGUACUGGCAGCUCCUUGCCUGAGCCUGCAUGACUAGAGGAAAACCCCUGCCUAACUUCAGUUUCUAAAAAGAUUUUUCCUUGUGUACAAAAGUUGUUUGUUUCAAGGGGUGUUUUUGCUAGACCAAGUGCCUCUCUGCAUCCACUCCUCAGUAGUAUUUGUUGGCCUCCUGUAUGUGUUUGCUGCAUGCCACAAACCGCUUCUUCUCUAGCUUGUAUUAACAUCCAAGUAUAUCUAGCAGUGCAGUGGCUGAUUCUUCUUAAUGAGCAGGCAGGAUUCUUUUCAACAAAAGAAGAAUAAAUGGAGGUCAUGCUUAGGUACAUCCCCAUCCACCCCCGUCCCCCAAAGUAAAGAUGCAUCAUUUCUCUUCUUAAAGUUUGCUAAAUGUGAACAUUAAAAAAGACUACAACAGCCCUGUGAAGUAGAUGACUGUUCCCAGGGCUACCAAAAUACCGGUGGCCUGGUCACCAGAGAAUUUUGUUGCUGGCACUUAGAAUUUUGAAGUAGUUUUCCAGCCCUGAGUAUUUUGUCUUUACGGACAAGGAACAGAAGAUGAGAGUAUGCCAAAGAUGGGAUUUGAACCCAGGGCAUAUCAUUAGCAUUUCUCUCUCGCCAUAUAUCCCAGUCUGUAAGGUCCUUCUUCUUCACAACAACCCUGUGAAGCACGUUAGGGGUGAGAUAUAAUGAGCUUCACAUUGAGUAGGGAUUUGAUCCUGGCUCUCUGACACUCAGAUCAAAGUCCAAAUCUCGUGCACUCUCUCUUCUGUGAAAGCAGCACUUCCUUUCAUGAGGAGCUCUCACCCUUCACCAUUAAGGCCUUGGCCCUAAGUGAGUCCACAAAACAGAGUUCAGAGCUCAGUAGUAGGGCUCCCAAUGUAAGUCUGUUGCCAGCACUUAGGACCAGUUACCUGUGUUGUUGUUGUUGUUAUUAUUUAUUUAUUACAUUUUGAUCCCACUCACCCUCAGAGGAGCUCAGUAGGCGGUUUCCCCUGCUCCUUCUAUCUUCACAGCGAUCCUGUGAGGUCCUGGCACUAAGCUAGCAGCUGGCCCAAGGUCACCCCAUGGAGCUUUCUUGGCUGUGUGGGGAUUGGCACCUGGGUCAUUUCAGCAGUAGUCUGAAAUUCUAGCCACUUCCAUGGCUGUAAGUUAGGAGCAAGAGGCAAGGAUUUAAAACCGAUGACUGCCAGCCCGACCCCCGGUUUCUUUUGCUUAGACUUGCCCAUUCCCUCGGCUUACAAGAACCUUAUAUUCUCUGCUGCAGCAAAAGCCCUUGCUGCCAGUAACUGUGAGCAUUCUCAGUCCUCUCCUUGUGUCCCCUAUUGUGGUUUUGUAGUUUAGCCCUCCUGUGUCCAAUGCAAUUCAACCACUUUUGGCUGGGAUAACAAGAUUCUAGUGCAGGACAGGAAAACUCGGAUGUUAAUAAUGGCAAGUCUUGGCUAUGGGGCUUGAAGUUGCUCAACAGAUCUCCCCCCACUCCCCUGGAAGAGAGAGGGGGCAACGCAGUUAGUUAUCCAGUAUUAUUCGGAGGCAUUGGUUCAUAGCCAAAGCUGUUCAGUUAAUCAUUUCUCUACAGCAAUCUUUGCUGCUAGGCACAGAAUUUUCUCCUCUUGCAAUGCCUUACUAGAAGUUCUCAGACUCAGUCAAAGCUGUCCUGGUCCCUUCUAACCGAAUAGCCGAACACCAAGCUUGUCCCUCCCAAAUCCCCUUUUCUCUGUAGCUACCUGAUAUCUAGAUCGUAAAGAUUUUCAGUUCUUUUGUAUAUUUUAUUGCUGUAUCUACGGCUUUCUCUUAAAUAAAUUGAAAUAAACAUUCUUAAUGCCACA